GUGGCUCGUCUUCCUUGGUCGUUCCGUUCGAUCGGCCCGUGAGAAACCGGAAGUUCAACUUGUUGUUCAUAUAGGUUUGAUCCAGGUCGCUCGGUUAUCGGGUGAUGAAUUAACGUGGAGUGUUUCAUAGACACAGUGUCUCAUAACAAUAAAGCACCGACGAAUGUUUCGACUGCAUCAACACGUGUGCCAUUCAGUUACUAAAUAAUGCAGUCAUUCUGUGGAAUGUGAAUAUACUCUUCUGAAGUGAUAUCUGCAGUCUGCACUCUGCACCCUGUUAAAGCUGCAUAUUUCACAAAUUACUUGGACAUGGAGAGCUCGAGUGCACCUCACCCAUACCAGCACCUGGAGCGGGAGCUGGUUGUGGAUGGUGCCACCUUCAGGUACUUCGACUUGGCUGGCCUCAAUGACCCACGAUGUGAGCGGCUGCCGUUCUCUGUGCGCGUGCUGCUGGAGGCGGCGGUGCGCUGCUGUGACGGCGUCCAGCUGCAGCGGGCCGAUGUGGAGGCACUGCUCGACUGGCGCCGGCUCACCGACGCCGGCCAGCCCGUCCACGUGCCCUUCAAACCGGGACGCGUCAUACUGCAGGACUUCACGGGCGUGCCGGCCGUGGUGGACCUGGCCGCCAUGCGGGAGGCGGUCCGUGACCUGGGCGGUGACCCGGCCCGGGUCGGACCCAUCUGCCCGGCCGACCUGGUCAUCGACCACUCGGUCCAGGUCGACUUCUCACGGGCGUGUAUCAAAUGGGAGCCGUCCCCGAAGGACGGCCAGUGCGCCUGUAAAAAGGUGGACCAGCUGCAGCUGCCCGCCUGCGGCGUGCCGGCCGCGCCCAUCAAAGACGAGAUCUGCCCCUUCCACGAGGAGGAGUCGGCUUUCUCUGAGGCUUUAAGGAAGAACCAGGAGCUGGAAUUCGACCGCAAUAGCGAACGAUUCCAGUUCUUGAAGUGGGGCUCCCGGGCGUUCGCCAAUAUGCGCGUGGUGCCGCCCGGCUCCGGUAUCGUGCACCAGGUCAACCUAGAGUACCUGGCGCGCGUCGUGUUCGACACGGACGGCCUGCUGCGACCCGACUCUCUGGUCGGCACCGACAGCCACACGACCAUGAUCAACGGCCUGGGCGUGCUGGGCUGGGGCGUGGGCGGGCUGGAGGCCGAGGCUGCCCUGCUCGGCCAGCCGGUCACCCUGCGGCUGGCAGAGGUGGUCGGCUACAGGAUCACCGGCCAGGUCAACCCGCUGGCCACCGCCACAGACAUCGUGCUCACCAUUACCAAGCAUCUGCGCCAGGUGGGCGUGGCCGGCAAGUUUGUCGAGUUUUUCGGCCCCGGCGUGAGUCAGCUGUCGAUCGCCGACCGGGCCACCAUCUCCAACAUGUGUCCAGAGUACGGGGCCACCGUCGGAUUCUUCCCGGUGGACGAGCGCAGCCUCGACUACCUGGUCCAGACCGGUCGGGACGCGGGCCGCGUGGCGGUGAUGCGCGCCUACCUGUCGGCCGCCGGUCUGCUGCGCGACUACUCGGCCGCCGAUCAGGACCCAGCGUUCUCGCAGGUGGUCGAGCUCGACCUGGCCACUGUGGUGCCGUCGGUCAGCGGGCCCAAGCGGCCGCACGACCGGGUGGCCGCCAGCCAGCUGAGGGACGACUUCACCAGGUGUCUGCCGGCCGAGGUGGGCUACAAGGGUUUCGGCGUGCCCGCGGAGCGGCUGGAGGCGCGGUGCGACAUUCAGUUCGAGGGCGCCACCUACAGUCUGGGCCACGGCUCGGUGGUGAUCGCCGCCAUCACGUCCUGUACCAACACCAGCAACCCGAGCGUCAUGCUGGGAGCAGGUAUCCUGGCCAAGAAGGCGGUGGAGCGCGGCCUCUCGGUGCCGCCCUGGAUCAAGACGUCGCUCUCGCCGGGCUCCGGCGUGGUCACCCACUACCUGCAGGACAGCGGUGUGCUGCCCUUCCUGCAGCGGCUCGGCUUUGGUAUCGUCGGCUACGGUUGCAUGACGUGCAUCGGCAACAGCGGGCCGCUGCCCCGACCCGUGGUGGACGCCAUCGAGCAGUGUAACCUGGUCUGCUGCGGCGUGCUCUCCGGUAACCGCAACUUCGAGGGCCGCGUGCACCCGCACGUGCGCGCCAACUACCUGGCCUCGCCGCCGCUGGUGAUCGCCUACGCGCUGGCCGGCCGCGUCGACAUCGACUUCGAGACGACGCCCAUCGGCACCUCCCCCGACGGAGAGCCGGUGUACCUGCGCGACAUCUGGCCCACACGGGAGGAGAUCCAUCAGCUCGAGUCCAAGUCGGUCAUACCGGCCAUCUUCGCCGACGUCUACUCGAAAAUCACCAAAGGUAACGCCAGCUGGAACGCGCUGGAGGUGCCCGACUCGGCCACCUUCCAGUGGAGCGACCGGUCCACCUACAUCCAGAUGCCCACCUUCCUCCAGGGCAUGACGCGGGCUCCGCCGGCGGUGCGGGGCAUUGAGGCGGCGCGCGCUCUGCUGGUGCUCGGUGACGCCGUCACCACCGACCACAUUUCACCAGCGGGCAGCAUCGCACGCACCAGCCCGGCCGCCCGCUACCUCAUCGAGAUGGGUCUGACGCCGCGCCAGUUCAACUCGUACGGCUCGCGGCGCGGUAACGAGGCGGUCAUGGUGCGCGGCACGUUCGCCAACAUGCGACUGGCCAACGGGCUGCUGGCGGCGCCGGGGCCGCGCACCGUUCACCUGCCGUCCGGCGCCGUCCUGGACGUGUUCGACGCGGCCCAGCGCUACCGGCGCGACGGCACGCCGCUCAUAGUACUGGCAGGGGCCGAGUACGGCUGCGGCAGCUCCCGCGACUGGGCCGCCAAAGGACCCGCACUGCUGGGCGUGCGGGCGGUGCUGGCGGUGUCAUUUGACCGCGUACACCGCAGUAACCUGGUCAGCAUGGGCGUCUUGCCGCUGCAGUUUCUGCCCGGACAGUCGGCCAAACAGCUGGGACUCAGCGGACGGGAGACCUUCAGUAUAGCACUGCCGAGCGACCUCGCACCGCGGUCCACAGUCACAGUCACGACGGACGACGGCCGCAGUUUCCCGAUGACGGCCCGACUGGAGACGCAGACGGAGAUCUCCUGGUACCGGCACGGCGGCCUCCUCAGGUACAUGGUGCGCCAGCUGCUCUGACGAGCCGCGCGCUGCUAGGCUGCGCUACACACGUCACAGGCAGGCCCGUGACAAAGUGUGACGCCCCGUGACACACUGUGACGCCCGUGACACUGGUGAUGACGUGUAACGUGUGGUGACGCGCUGACGUCGCCCAGUGCCAUCAGCAGUUGGCGACGGAUUAGUUCCAACAGCCGCAGAGGCAGGCACAUCCCGUCCGUCUUUCCCCGGCCAACGGUUAGGGAGGGCUAUGACCACACCAAACUCUCAGAGACAGGGAACAGAGGGCGCUGGCUUGACAUGGAGUGAGAUCGGGGCGCGAUGCGGGGCGGGCCAGGACGUGUGAGGGAGUUGUCACUAUGCACACAGCCAUUGCCGAGUUCAGAGGCUAGGUUGGGCGGGACCCGGACGGCCAGUGGACAGUGGACACGUAAGACGAGACACCGGCGGUUACGAUAGGGGUGACACUGGCACGGGGAGACAUUGGCGACAGGACGAGGGGAAUAUUGAUGGAAGGGAGAGGGAAAAAUUGGGUGGAGAACCAGACAAGAUUGACGGGAGGGCGAGGGGGAGAUUGACGGAGCGGGAGAUUGACGGCGGGAUAAGGAGAAGAUUGGCACCGGGAAGAGUCGUCAGUGGACAGGCCAGACCUUCACCGGCUAGGGCUGCUGUCCCCUGCUGACGUGCAGGCAUACGUUACCAUCCAGGCAGCGAGUAUUACUGCGUGAACUGUGAACCUGUUCAGGACUUCUCAGCUGCGCUCAUAGCAGUCCGCGGAUUUCACCAGGGACCAGUACGGGCGCCAGCCGGUCCGACACAUCAGUAUCAGACUUGUGUGAGUGUAUGUGCUUGUGUGUAAACGUGUCGCUAGUGUGUUUUGCGAGGAUGUAAACGCGAUUUUGUGCCAUCGAUGAGAGAUAAUUAGUUUGGCGAGUGUCGUUGGACCAAGGCGGAAGGUAUUUUGUCCGGUCUUGUGCGAAGUGAAGGAGCUGGCCUCGAGUUUUGUCCCUAUGUUGCGUCACCCAGUGUAUCCGUGUACUUAUGUGGUGAAGUCUUCUGCAGUUGUUAAGUUUUUGACCGAUGCCUUUGAUGCUGCCGCGUUUGAUUUGUAUCAUAUUGCUCGGUGCCUUUCAUUGUACCGGGCGCGCUGGAGGAGCGCCGUGCCGGCUGCUGCCACUAAACAGGUGCUGUAUCCGAAAUGUGACCGCGGUGACUGGUGAGCUGCCUGUGGUGUCGGCGUUCUGUCGGAUUUGGAGCGUCGGUUGCGGCCUGUCCCGAUUCGCGGGGGACGGGCCGGGCUCCGCGUCGGACCGAGUGUAUCAGCUGGCGUCUGAGCGCACGGCGCCGCAGCUGCCCCGCUCUCUCCGUGUGCGUCUGUGUGUCUGGUAGAAUAUAUUGGUGACUGCUGCACUGCA